GGGGAGCUGUGGCGUGGUUGUGGCGACGGGCCGGGCAGGCGGCGGCGGACUACUUGCCGUGUGCCGCGGGAGCCGCUGUCCGCCCGCCUGCCGCCAUGUUGAAUUUUAAUUUUAAUUUUCUAGAAAUUGUCCCAGAAAUUGGGACCGAGAUCCCCGGCUCGCCCUGAGCAAUCAAGCAAACAAACAAACAAAAAACAAGCGAGUUUAAAUUAAAACAAAGGGAAUAAAGGACGACUCUGCGUUUCUGUAUUUAUGAUUCCACCCCUGCGGCCGCGGAAAGCAGAGAAGUUGGGUAAGGAAGAAGAUCAGAAUUUAUUGUAAAGAAAGCUACCUUGUUCUGACAUAGACUAAAUGCAACUGCUUCAGGUUGUUUGUGGCUAUGAAGUGGUUCGGAGAAACAAAGAAUAUGUUUGUAAAUGGCAGCAGGAAAAAUGGAGGAAGGUUGCCCAGUGAACAUCAUCAGAGUCAAUCCAAGCUGCAUCACUCUGGAAGGGGAAAUACAAGGACCAACACAAGACUUGCACUUGGAAAACGCAGCACCCGCAUGAUGGGUUUUGAGGGUCACUGCUCUCGAUAUGUACCUUCCACUGGAAUGACAGCGAAAGAGCUGUGUGAAAAUGAUGAUCUAGCAACAAGCUUAGUCCUUGAUCCUUACCUGGGGUUCCAGACACACAAAAUGAACACCAGGUAUGUCAGAUUUCGACCUAUAAAAGGAAGACAGGAAGACCUGAAAGAAGUAAUAGAGGAUUUCAAAAAGAGAGAAAAUUUAGAAAAAGCUUUCAAAGCAUUAACCACAGGAGAAUGGGCACGACACUAUUUCCUCAACAAAAACAAAAGCCAAGAGAAGUUAUUUAAAGAACAUGUUUUUAUUUAUCUGAGAAUGUUUGCAGCUGAGAGUGGAUUUGAACUCUUGCCAUGUAAUCGGUAUUCCUCAGAGAAAAAUGGAGCCAAGAUAGUUGCAACCAGGGAAUGGAAGAAGAAUGACAAGAUUGAAUUAUUGGUUGGCUGCAUUGCAGAGCUGUCAGAAAUGGAAGAAAACAUGCUACUUCGGCAUGGAGAAAAUGAUUUUAGUGUUAUGUUUUCCACAAGAAAGAACUGUGCUCAGCUUUGGCUUGGACCUGCUGCAUUUAUCAACCAUGACUGCAGGCCGAACUGUAAGUUUGUAUCAACUGGUCGGGAUACAGCUUGUGUAAAAGCGUUAAGAGACAUUGAACCGGGUGAAGAAAUUUCCUGUUACUAUGGGGAUGGUUUCUUUGGGGAAAACAAUGAAUUCUGUGAAUGCUAUACUUGUGAAAGGCGAGGCCAAGGUGCAUUCAGAUCAAAACCUGGACUUCCUGACCCUGUGCCAGUUAUAAACAGCAAGUAUGGACUCAGAGAAACAGAUAAACGUUUAAACAGAUUAAAAAAGUUGGGUGAUAAUGGAAAAAACUCUGAUAACCAAUCUGUGAGCUCAAACACUGAUGCAGAGAUUACUCAGGAAAAAGCUGCAACUAGAAAAUCAAUCAAUAUAAAAAAGGAUAGUAAAAGCAGAACAAGGCAAACUUUGCCCAGAACAUCAGCUGCCUCUAACUCUACCUCAUCCUCUUCAAAAAUGUGUUCUGUGGGUAAUUCCAAGGUACCAAAGAAACUGAAAACCUCAAGGCCGGUAAGGUCUUUGCCCUCAAAAUCUAGAUUAAGAAACGAAUCUAGAAGGUCAGAGCAAAAGACCACUUUUGGAAAUCUUGAAAUGGACAACUUAGUGCUGAAGGAGCCUAAAGUAGUUCUUUAUAAGAAUUUGCCGCUUGAGAAGGACAAAGAUUUAGAGGGGCCAGCAAAAAUUCAAGGUUCGGGUAGGUGCCUAACCAGACAUGCUGUUGGAGAAGCAAACACCAGUUCUGUGAAAGAACUGCACAAAAUUUCUCGCUUGCGUAAUGGAACUAUUCCUUGUGCCUACAUGACCCGACGGGCAAAAAGAACAAGACUUGCCCUCAGAGAGUCCUGUGAGAUUCCUUCACUGGAUCUUGAACCAAAUACAGUGGACAAUGAAAAUAUUCAUUGCACAGGAAAGAGUGAACUUGUGGACUCAAUUCAACAGGCAUGUGAUGGCACCCGUGUAAAUCCAUUGAUCCAAGAAUCUGAUGUAGGUACAAACUGCCAAAAGAGUGGGGUAUGUUUGAGCAGGAGGAGGUCACAGGCAAAACUAGAAAAAAUUGGUGCACAGUUGGAUAAAUGUGAGCGCACGUUGUCUUGCUCUGUAAAAGAGGAUGUGAAGGGGGAAUCUAUACCAAAGUUGGUAAGUCCUCCAAUUCGCAAUCUUAAUGGGGGUGAAAAAAUUGAUUUGGUGAACGUAUCUGGUGUUUACAGAGACUGUGUUGGUUCAUCAAAAGGUGGCACUUCAGAUUCCUUCAUGGUUUCUCACAAAUCAAAAAGUUCACAAUCUCAUAAAAUAAAGGGUGACUAUUCCAGAGCAACAGGAGAAAGAAAUAGAAAGAAACGACGAAUCACAAGAUAUGAUGCACAAUUAAUACUUGAAAACAGUACUGGGAUUCCCAAGUUGACUCUGCGUAGAAGACGUGACAGCAGUAGCAGUAAGACUAAUGACCAAGAAGUGGAUGGAAAGAAAUCCAAAAUUAGUAUCAAACUGAGCAAAGACUAUGAAAAUGACAAAAGUAACAAUUAUGUAGCAAAGCUCAGUAAUGGGUUCACCACAGGCUCAGGAAGUAAUUCUACAAAACUCAAGAUACAGCUGAAACGUGAGGAACAGAAUAAAGGAAUUAAGCGAUCACACUCCAUCAUGGAAGACCUCUGUGACAGUGGCAUGUGUUGUGAUAAUGCUGUUUUUUUGAGGUCUAAUGGGGAGUUGUGUGAGCGUAGACAACACAGAGAUGACGAAGAGGAGGAGGAUGAUGAUGAUGAUGACACUUCCUCGUCUCUGUCAUCAUCCUCCUCAUCAUCCUCAUCUUCUUCCUCAUCUGAGGAUGAUUAUGAUGAUGAAUUUGAAGAUGACUUUAUUCCACUUCCUCAGGCAAAAAGACUAAGACUGAUUGUUGGUAAAGACUCCAUAGAUAUUGACAUCUCAUCAAGGAGGAGAGAAGAUCAGUCUUUAAGGCUUAAUGCAUAAUUUUUGGUUCUAUACUAACCACAAUGUACAGUACUUUCCAAUCAAUUAUUCCACAUUUGAAUGAAUUUACUGUAAAAUUUUGAUGGCACUUCUGUAUUCAUUAUCAACAUAAAUAUUGUAGAAAGUGUACAGUAUAUUGACUCAUUUGAUUUGUUUUUUUGCAGAUUUUUAUUGUACUAUUAAUAGCCUUACCAUGUGCAAUUCUGAGUUUUGGAGGGAACUCGCUCUGUGGUAGAAUUAAGGUAUAAAGCAGAAUUGUUGUACAUAAAGACCAGGUUUCUUCUCAUUUAUUUCUCCUUUUGAGCCUCAAUAUUUUGAAACACAAUUAUGGUGGGUAUUCUGUUUUUUUUAAACAAAGUUGAGCAGUAGCUUGCUGUGCUUUAUGAAUUAAGGUUGAAGAAAACAAAAACUAGAGGCAGCAAGUAUAAACAAGCAACACAUUUCUAAUAGCUGUCCUUAUCACCAGCAAAGGAAUUGUAGCUUUUAGGCUCGUUUGCAAGGUGUUUUCCCCAGGUCUUGUCAGUUUUACACUGUAUGCUGUCCCAGAUGUACUGUCCGUGGCCUUUGUUAGUAGCCAGCUCUUGGUUGGAAGUUUAAAUAAAUGGAGUUGUUUCAAUAAAAUAAGUGUGAGCCAUUUGCUGACCUUGGAAUACAGAAUGAUAUGUGCAGGGUAUAGUUCUUUACAGCCUUAAGUAUGGAUAUAGUUUGUAUAGCACCAAUAUAUGUAAAUUAUUUAGAAUCCUUGUAUUCAUUUUUAACUGCUAAUAUAACUGCAAAACAAUAUUUGUAGGUUUCCUGGAAAACUGGUCCUGUGAUAAGUUUUUAAAAAAAAAUUCAACAUCUUUUUAUAAUGAUUUGGUAUUAAACUCAUAAAAAUUGAAUUUAAAUUUGAACUUUUUAUAUGGACAAGAAUUGUGUAUAUACCAUAAUGAUAAUGAUCAUCCAGCAUCUUUUUCCAUCUGCAGUUCCUGGCACUUCUCAAAUUAUUGGAUGUCUGAAUUAAUAUUUAAAUUUCAGUAUCAGGCUUAUUCUGGCAAUUGAAUUUAGUCAAUGAUUGAAGAGUAAUUCCCUGAAAAUGAUUCUUAGCUGAAUUAAUACCACUCAUGACUUGUACAUAAUGUUUGUGCUUGCAUUGAGCAACUGCUAUUUUUUCAUUUAUUCUCAUCAGGAAAACAGUGAGUUACUUUAUAAGCCUCUUAACCUAAUGUAUAGCAUUAUAUAUUAUCUGUCAAAAUAAUUUUGUCUAAUAUUUUUGUUCAGUUGAGUUUUGUUGUCAAAGCACACUGAUGCCCAAAUGAAAACCAAUGUAAAACUAAUCAAAAUAAAUGUAAAUUGAUUUUUAAAUCCUCCAUAAACUAUAAAUUUAAUAAAUAGGGACUCAUUUGCACAACUUGUGUCCUGGUAACCAGCCAGCCCUCAAGAUGCUCAAGAACUAUACACUGGACAAUUAGUUUAUUCUGUAGAAGCUCUCAAGUUCUAAAACAUGUUUUUUUUAAAAAAUGCCUACCAUAUUAUGGUGGGUAGAGAUGGUACACUCACAAAAUAGUUAUCCUUCACUUACUUUGAUCAUGCAAUCCAUUCCCCAAAUUUUAUCUUGGUGUUCUGGUUGUCAGGUUUGUAAUCCUGUUUGGAACCUAGUGUUUUUUAUGAUUCUCUUUAUUGGAUUUUUUUGCCCCUGUUGUGUGUUCUUCUAUCACUGUUUCUCAAACAUUAUAAUGUAUAGAUAUUGUUCUGUGUGUGUGUCUCCCUUUGUAAUUCUCCAUUUCCAUUUAUUUGUGAAUCCUUCAGUGUACUCUGUGGAUAGUGUUUGUCAUGCUUUACUUUUGCUAUUACAUUCUUCUCCAUUUUCUUUCAUUCAUUUUUCAGUUACCUUUGUCUGUGUUCCUGAUGUCCACUCCUAAGGCAUCCCUCAUUCAGUUGUUGGUUCUCUUCAGUUGUGUCUCUCAUGUCUUACUUCUGCAUUACCACUCCCUUGUUACCUCUUUGCGAUUGUCCCAUUUUUUCUCACUGUUCUAUUAUCUGUGGCCUUUUAUUCUGUGUUAUGUACGUCUCUUUUGUGCAUAAACAAUCAAUCUGUUUUAACUUUUUUUUUCUUUCUCCAAAAACAUUCUUCUUUGCAGACUCUUUCUCCAUCAUGUCUUUCUCCUUUUGAGCUUUCUGAACUGCUCCAUCAUUUUUAACAGGUUUGAACAAAAGAAAAAUGAAAGCAGGAGAAGUAUUUAGUCUCUGUAUCUGCACUGCUAUUCAAUAAAAUCAGUGCCAUUUUCCUGUACUAACCUUAUGUACCCUUUCUGCUUUGUGCAGGGACCACUCUCUCUGUAAUAUCCUGGUCUGCUCACCCCUCCCCAUCUCCUCGCACCUUCCCCAACAAUCAUAGGAGGUAUCACACCUGCCCCUACACCAUCUCCCUCACCACCAUCCAGGGACCUAACCAGCUCCUCCUGGUGAGGCAGAGAUUGACAUGCAUCUCCUUCGACCUUGUCCAUUGCAUUAGGUGCUCUCAUGAUGCCUCCUCUACAUUGGCGAGACCAAACAUAGACUAGGCGACUGUUUUACAGAGCACCUGUGCUCUGUCCACAACGACCACCUUGAGCUUGCAGUCGCAUGCCAUUUCAACAUUCCCACACCGACCUGUCUGUCCCUGGCCUUCUCCACUGACAUUGUUAGGCUAAACACAAAUGGCACCUCACGUUCUGCUUGGGUAGCCUACAACCCAAUGGUAUGAAUGUUGAGUUUUCCAAAUUCAGGUGACCCAGUCCACCUGUGUUUCUUUCCUAAUCCUGGUCCACCUAGGUUCUCUCUGCCCUAGUUCACCAUUCCCAUUUCCAUCUGCCCAUCAUCCACACACUUAUCCACUUUGUUAUCUUCUCCCUGGCUGAUCCUACCUAUUCCCUUCUAUCUUCUGUCUUUUAACUACCCUUCCCCCACCCAGGUCCAUCUGCCUAUCAUUCCCUAUCUCACCUAGUUCCAGCACUCACUCUCAGCUCUUUGUACUGGUUUUCUUCCAUCUACACUUCUGGUGUUGAUGCAGGAUCACAACCCAAAAUGUCGACCAUCCCUUUGCCUCCACAGAUGCUGUUUGACCCACUGAGUUCCUCCAGCAAUUUGUUUUUGCUCCAGAUUCCAACAUCUGCAGUCCCUUGUGUCUCCUGCUGUACCUUCUCUAAAUAUUUUUUAAACAUCUUUUUCUGGAGUUUUGUUUGUUUCUUUUGGCCAUCCUUUCAUACUCUUGUUUUUGAUGUUGAUCCAGUCUUUUUAUGCUGUAAGGUUGCGUUGGGUUUAUAGACAGCUGAAAUAACAUUUUUGAUUUUAAAAAUUUCAUUUGUUAUCACUUUCUUCAGUCAAAGUUGGUGCUAAUUAUAUUCUUUGCAGUUUGGAGGAGGAAUUUGUUCAUUAAGAACCCUUUUAUUUGUGUGCAUCUUUAUGCAUUUAAGGAAGCAGUCAGGGGACAGCAGGAUAAGAGUAGUUUUGGGUAGAGUAGUUGCCUGAAGGAAUGGGCAGGACUUUCAGAUUGACUGUGAUUUUAUAGACUGUUGACCACUGAGGUUAAACUAGAUGUGUUUGGUUUGGAUCAGAGAUGCAAAGAGAAUGGGGUUGAUGAUGGAUAAAAUGGGAUUAACUAAAUGGGCUGAACUAGAACAAAGCUAUAAUCAAUUAAGGAAGAUGGAUGCAAGAUUGACACAUUCAGGAAUUUUGGCUAGGUGGGAAGAGUGGUCAACGGAUGAAAUAGAAGUGGCGUUUUCUAGUACUUCUGAUCUUCAUUUCUGUUAUUUGGCUUGCUUUUGGACAGUGCUCGAUAUCUGAAAUAAAAAUAAAAUUCUGGAAAUGGUCUGGCCAGGCAAUGUUUGUGAUGAAAGCAACAACAUUUCUGACCUUGUAUCUGCACCACAAAUUCUGCCUAACCUCCCAAGUAUUUCCAAGUAAUUUUUCUUUUCUAUUUCAGUUAUCCAAUACCUGCUGUACUUUGCUUUUCAAGAAGAUUUUUGUAGUCAUCAACUUUCUCUCAAAUAAUAUGCAAUUAACCCACAGACAAAUGAUGUCAAUGAUAUUCUCGUCAUCUCUUGCUGUCUAUGGAAGCAGCCAAAUAAAUUUUAAUAUGGAUAUUAUUUUGCUGUCAGCCCUAUAGAACAUGAACACUAAGUCAUAAACAGGAAGGUAAAUAAUACAUUUUGCUGUCACCCUUUUGCUGUACUUUUAUUUUGUCAUUUAUA